GGCUCGCAGCGCAGCCCCGAGACCGAUAGACGGUCGCGGCGUCUAAUGGUGCGUGGCCGCCCGUACAACAACGAGCAUGUGGCCAGAUUGUGGCGUUGCUGUGAUACCACCGAUAGGCGGGACUGUGGCUCUGCAGUGUGACUGUGAGCGGCACAGCUGGAGCGUGUACAGAAGGCUGGCACGCGGUCCAACUGCGACCAGAUGACUGAGCUCAGCUGCUUCUGCCACUCCGACACACAAACACACAAACACACACACACACACACACACACACGCGCCGCAUCAACAACUUGCCUUCGAGGGCGCCGGGAGGGGACUUGAACGCGGUGCGAGGUUAAUUUGCCGCACAAUACCCGCAGAGCCCGCUCGGGGCAGCGCCAGCAUUGACUCCACUGAGGCUCCGAGAGUUCCUGUGGGUUUGCGACCAUCUCUCACCGCAGGACCUGGUGUUCCCACUUGGUAACCAAACAGACGUUAAGAGUUUGGUGGUGCCGGUGAUGCAACGCUUUUCAUCUCAGCGCUCACUCCACAACUGUUAUCACCGCAGCCUCUCCUCUCAGAGCAUGGGACCCCUCAAACUCUAAAGUGAGAAGCACGAGAAUCAAACCAGACCGAGCGAAACGAGGGGGAAGAAAGGAAAGGAACGAUGGAGUCCAUAUUGUCGGAGCAGUCGGCCACAGUGGACGAGCUGGUGGAAGCGUGCAUCCAAGCCUUUGGUGAGAAGGGCAAUCUGAAGGAUGCUCCCUUGGUCCGUAUGUUCCUCAUGAUGCACCCUUGGUACAUCCCUUCAACGGACAUGGCUAAGAAGCUGGUGCUCAAAUCUCAAGAGGAGAACUGCACUGCUGAGCGCCGAACAAGAAUAUGCCAUCUUGUCAAGUACUGGAUCUCUGAGUUUCCAGCAGAGUUCAAUCUGAACCCGGAACUGGCGGACCAGAUCAAAGACUAUAAAGAUCUCUUGACAACUGAGGGCAAUGAGAGCCAGAGUCAGCUCAUUGACCUCGAUAGUGUGCCGUCUUAUAAAUGGAAGAGGCAGGUGACUCAGCGUGUCCCGUCGGUGUCCAAAAAGAGGAAAAUGUCCCUGCUGUUCGACCACCUCGACUCCUGUGAACUGGCAGAACACCUGACCUACCUGGAGUACAAAUCCUUCUGCAAGAUCCUGUUUCAGGACUACCACAGCUUUGUGAUGCAUGGCUGCACGGUGGAUAACCCCAUCCUGGAGCGGUUCAUCACGCUCUUCAACAGCGUCUCCCAGUGGAUUCAGCUUAUGGUGCUCAGCAAGCCCACUGCCCCCCAGAGAGCGGCUGUCAUCUCCCACUUCAUCAGAGUGGCACAGAAGCUGCUGCAGUUGCAGAACUUCAACACACUGAUGGCGGUGGUGGGCGGCCUCAGCAACAGCUCCAUCUCCCGUCUCAAAGACACGCAGGCCCACAUCAGCACUGAGACCAACAAGGUCUUUAACAACCUCAUUGAACUGGUGACAUCAUGUGGGAACUACAGCCAAUACCGCAAGCGCUUCUCCGAGUGCUCUGGCUUCCGCUUCCCCAUCCUUGGCGUGCACCUGAAAGACCUGAUAGCCGUGCACGUGGCGCUGCCAGACUGGGCAGACAAAGAGAAAACACGGGUCAACCUGGCUAAGACCCAGCAGCUGUACGCCAUCCUUCAAGAGCUGGCGCUCAUCCAGACCACACCGCCAAACACAGAUGCCAACACAGACCUGCUCAACUUGCUUACGGUAUCUCUGGACCAGUACCACACAGAGGAGGAGAUCUACCAGAUGUCUCUACAGAGAGAACCACGAAAGCCAGUGCAGAACUCCAGCCCCGUCCCCGCGCCUGACCCCAAGCCCACCAUGAUCGAUGAGUGGGCUGUGUCGGUGAAGCCCAACGCAGACCCGACGAUCAUCAAGAAACACAUAGAGAAGAUGGUGGAGUCAGUCUUCAAGAACUUUGACACAGACGGUGACGGCCACAUCUCCAGGGACGAAUUUGAAGCAAUAAGGAACAACUUCCCUUACCUCAGCAAGUUCGGAGAACUGGACAAGAACCAAGAUGGGAAGAUCAGCAGAGAAGAGAUGAUAGACUACUUUAUGAAAGCCAGCUCUCUGCUUAACUGCAAGAUGGGCUUCAUCCACACUUUCACCGAAACCACCUACGUGAAGCCUACUUUCUGUGAACACUGCGCCGGCUUUAUAUGGGGCUUCUAUAAGCAAGGCUAUAAGUGUAAAGCCUGUGGGGUGAACUGCCACAAGGCCUGCCGGAGCCGCCUGGCUGUCGAGUGCCGGAAGAGGACCAAGAGCAUCAGCCAUGAGACGCCUCCGGCUCUCCAGGCCAGAUCCUUUAGCUUCCCUCCGCCUGCCAACACUCCGCCCAGCCUGCAGGACACAGUAAUUGCUGAAGAGGAUAUAGAGACAGUGGAGGAAGGAGUGUUUGAUGUCCACCUAUAACCAGGAGCCUCGACCUGAAGUGGGGUUUUGAUGAACGGGCCAGUGACAGUCCCCAGCUCUCUAUUUGAAAACCCCCUUCUAUGGUUGGUGUGCAAGACGUCAAGUCAGCCACCGCUGGGAGCCAGACACAGAGUGUGCUGCAGUACGUCAGUUUUACAGCCCUCUCCACUGAGGAGAACUUGCACUGAGCACAAGCCUGAAUACCUACACGGUGCCACACAGUGGACACAUACGGCAACGGCAACUCCACUCCAGCUAACUCACAUGAAUGUGACGACCAAGGCCAAUGUAAAUGUAAAAUCUCUACAUUUUGAUUCUAUGUCGGCCAAGUGUUACUGUAAAAACUCACUAUAUGUUCCAAAAAAAAUCCACAAAAUUGUAUUUUCUUGGUGGAAUGUUAAAGUCAGUGGAGUUUUAUAAUUUGAGCACACUUUGCUGCAGAUUGGAACGGCUGUCUACUUUUUCUUUAAAACAUAAUAGAGGUGCUGUUAUUGCCAAGAAUGUAAACCUGCCACCCAGACUAAGCUACUGUCUCCUUGAUCUGAGAAGCUCAGCUUUUUAUUGUUUAUCAUCUCGUUUUGAAAUACAUUUCAGUGGACCAAUUCCGAUGUCAGAUAAAAUAAUUGUAAUUUGUGGUGCCUGUCUGGAGCCUGAUGACAAAAGCAGCCAUUUUAAAAACAAAAGAAACAGCUGAAAUGACUAUGUGGACAGUUAUAAUUAGGAUGGACUUUGAUCAAUGUUAUAUUUUUGUCAUGUUUUCCUGAAUAUCAGUAACUGUCCUACCGUUGUAGCUGUUGUGAUGUUUUCAGUAUACAGUGCUGUCGUGUACCAGUGCACUGCGAUGAUCUCUCCUCUUGCAGUACUGUGAGUGUAGCAGAAACUGCGAAACGCUGCUGUCAGAUGAGGAACCCAUCUUUUUCCAAUAAAUACACUGACAGCACAGAGCCAGAAUCUGGCUAACUUCCCAGUGAUUCCUCUAAUAGGUUUUGAAUUUGCGCUGAAGCUCUUGGACUGUCAGUUGAAAUACAAUAUUCAAAAGAAUAAUACCAAAACUGGAGUAAUGAGGCUUUUCAUUUGACAGUAGCUUAUAAAAACAAUCCCCUGAGAAUCUGUUGUGAUACAUCUUGUAUUUUGCUGUUUUUAUCCUGCAUGCUUCUCCCUUCAUGGCUCUAUUCUAUGGACAGACUUCUCCGUUACUGAGAAUUUCUUAUUUUUUCUUAAUGUAGCAUGCCAAGUUAUCAUUUAUUUAGGAGAGAUAAAGUCUUGAAAUUCCAGACCGAGGAAAUGUUUCUGUCGCUUUGUGCCUGUGCGGAGAUGAAUUCAGACUUCGAGUGCCAUAUUGUUAACUGCUGGUUUGUCAUUGAAUGAGACUCAUCACAUUGCCGGUAUUUAUUUUCUCUGUAUAAAUAGCUAAAUGGCUGUCGGCCCUUCUGUGUCACUCCCUGCCUGACGAAAGAUGUUUGUUGUAAUUCUGUGAAUGAAUCUUUCAGACUGAUGUCAUGCUGUUUGUUGUGUUCUCCAGAUGAUUCCUCAGUAUUAAAUGCGGGCAUCUUUCUAAUAUGUGAUCUGGU